CGCGGAACGUCUCCUCCUCGGGCUGAGCUCCUCUAACCUGCUCCGUCGGACAUGCGCUGGCAUCGCUCAGGAUCUCUGCCAUCUCGUCCUCUCAGUCACUGAUCCGCUCCUCAAGGAACCAUGGUGAGCAGGGAGGCCAGCAAAGGCACGCUCACCAACUCGGAGUCUGACUCCGAGACGGCGCCCUCGCUGGGCCAGGAGGGGAAGUACUCCCUGGACUCCGGCAGGCAGCAGGUGAGGAAGAGGAACAAGGCGCUGCAGGUGCGAUUCAAGGACAUCUGCGACGCCCAGAACGAGCAGGCGGCCGGCAAGGGGGGCAAGCCCGUCUCGUACAAGGUGGCAUACCGCAAGUACAUGACCGUCCCCGCCCGCCGCUCCAUCCCCAACGUCACCAAGAGCACGGGUGUCCAGACGUCUCCCGACCUCAAAAAGCGCUACCAGACCUUCCCCUUCGAGCGCAAGAAAGGCCAUGGCCACUCCAUCAAGCACGUCGGAGGCUCCGAGGGCUUCAAGAGUCACAACAACGGCUUUGUGGCGGACCACAAGGGGGCCAAAGCCAGGGAGGGCGCCUCAGACUCCUCCCAGUGCCGGGGGAAGGGCAGCGUGAAGACACAAGCCCUGCUCCACACCAACGAGUGCAUUGCCACCGUGGAGCACCACACGGGCGGCAACUGUGCCGACGCCCUUCUGCUGGGCUUCACCGACGAGGCACAGUGCACCCCCCUCGACGCCCCCGGGACUCCCAACUCCGGUCUGGAGCCCGAGCUGCAGAUAUGCAGCGGCAAGGCCAAGUCCGGAAAAAGCUUGCGUCCGGGGGAGGAGGACUGCAACCCGUCAGCCAAGCGGCAGCUGUUGAACUUUGACGAGGCCUCCACCAGGACCCUGCGGGACACGGGUUCCAAGGUGUCCGGGCCCAUCGCCUGGAACUCCCUGACUCAGGUGGAGUGCCUGGAAAGCCCGUCGGCCCGGAGCAAGCGCAAGAAGGGCCUGCAGCUCAACGGGCUGCAGACGCAGUCGCAGACUCUGCCUCGCGCCGGCUGCCCCGCCCAGGCGCAGUGCCACGCCCGGCCCGUGCGGGCCCCCGGGGGCCCGGACUGCGCGGCCGGGCCCGAGUCCGCCUCCGCCGAGGCCUGUCGGCAGAUCGUGCCGCUCGCUCAGGACGGGGAUCUUAAAGCACAGCUCCAGGUCAUGGAGAACCUGAUCAGCUCCAGUCAGGAGACCAUUAAAGUGCUUCUGGGAGUUAUUCAAGAGCUGGAGAAGGGAGAGGCCCACAGAGAAGGCCUCUCCUAUCGAACCGGACAGGACACGGCCAACUGUGACACUUGUCGGAACAGCGCAUGCAUUAUUUACAGUGUGGAGCUGGACUUCAAGCAGCAGGAGGACAAGCUUCAGCCUCUCAUGAAGAAGCUCUGCCCCACCGAGGAGCCGCAGUUCCCGCCUCUGCCUUACCCCCAGGAGGCCUUCACCUCAACCCCCAAACGCAAGUCCAAAACAGAGUCCAAGAAGCACGCACGCUGGAAACUCUGGUUCCUAUGAAACUCUCUGGCUUUUGGUUUGGUUUCUUACUUUUUAACGUCGAGGGGAGCAUGCUCUCGAACAUGGAAGGGGAUCCCGGAAAUACUUACGGUGCUUUCCCUAGCCCCGCCUCCCCUCGCGUUACUCCGGCAACAUGCUGUGCGCAUCCCGGAUAUAAAACUGUGUGGUGAAGUCACAUGCCUGAGAACAAGGAAGUGCAACUUUUAUCCUUAUUUCUUUUCACGGCUUCCAAAAGGGAUUCAGCGUUAUUUUGAACUAAUUUCCAGAAGCAGGGCGUGAAAUUACACCGUGCCAACUUAUUUGCAGAUCACCAAGGUGCGAAACAAAAUUGGAUUUACUCUUCCAUUUAUUUAUUUAUUUAUUUAUUUUAAACCGAAGUCUGUGGAGGGAGAGUUAAUUAUUUAUUAAUGCAUCAGUCUCACUUUUUCUUUCUUCCUUUUAGUCAUGGAUUGGGAUAUGUUUCUUGUCAUUUUUUUCUUCUACAUGCUGACCUUGUUGGCCUGUUUUUGAGGGACCUUGUUGGAAGAAUGGAAAACUGAGUUUGUUUGGAAUUGUGUGGAACACUAGUAUCACCCACAAACAAAUUCAACAGCAUAUCUGCUAAUAGGCAAAGCACAAAAAAAUCACUUUUAAAAAAUCUUCAGGAUGCAUUAUGCAUAUAUAUAAAAAAAACAACAAAAAAAAAAAACAACAACUGAAGACUUGAGUAUUUUUUUAGUCCAGAAUCAAACAGGACAACACCGGAAUUCCAUUACCUGAAAGUAUCAACACGUACUCUUGACUUUGCAAUUAUCAACAGUAAUAUGCGAAAAAAAGACUAUGAAAUAGCCUAUUUUUCUAUGAAUAUUUGUUAAGCUAGGCAUCUCAAUGUAAUUUUCUAGACACAUAUAUGAAAUUUUAUCUCACUA